AUGCCCAAGUUACUCAACGGCAACGAAGUCGCCCAGCACGCUUCCCGCGAUUCGUGCUGGGUCAUUGUCUCGGGCAAAGUCUACGAUGUCACCGACUAUCUGGAGCGACACCCCGGUGGCUCACAGAUAUUACUGCAGUAUGGCGGCAAGGACGCAACCCUCAUGUACGAACCCAUCCACCCGGCCGGUACCAUUGAACGCAACCUCCCCAAGGACAAACAUCUGGGUUCGGUCGAUCCGGCCACUGUGUCAAGUCCUUCUUCCCCCCAGGUGACACGCGAUCUCGAUAAGACGGCCCGGAUCCCCCUCGCCCACUGUAUGAACCUAGACGACGUCGAAAAGGCUGCCACGCGCCUCAUUCCUCGCAGCGCCUACGUCUACUUUAGCUCCGCCGCCGACAGCCUAGGAUCUCUCACCAACAACCGGCAAGAUUGGAAGAAGGUCACCCUACGUCCGCGGGUGAUGCGCAAUGUCAAGCGGGUGGACAUGUCUCGGGUCAUGCUGGGGACCAAAUUCCGUCUUCCUUUCUUCAUCGCCCCCGCGGCGCGGGCGAGGCUGGUGCACGACGACGGUGAACUGUGUUUUGCGAGGGCCUCGGCGAGGAAGGGCAUCCCCUACUGUCCGAGCACGUACUCGACUGUGCCGCACGACGAACUGAUGCGGUGCCUGACCGCGGAGAAGAAGAAGGUGAGGUUCCGCAACUUCUCGCCCGAAGACGGCGGCACGCUCUGGUUCCAGCUGUACGUGGCGCUCGAGAAGGAGCGCACCCUCGAGUUGAUUGCCAUGGCAAGGAACCUGGGGUACAAGGCACUGGUCAUCACGGUGGACACGCCGGUCGUGGGCAAGCGUGAAGAGGACGAACGCUUCCGUGCCGAGCUGGCCACCGCGAGCGGUGAUAAUUCCGUCUUGACGGAAUGGUACAAGCCCGCCAACGAAGACGAUGAGAACAGCCCGCCGCUCCGGGGCCACCACUCGUCCACGCUGAACUGGGACGACUUGCCCUGGAUCCGCGAGGCGUGGUGCAGGGGCAGGGACGACGCCGGCCCGAUCGCGAUCAAGGGCAUCCAGACCGCGGAAGACGCCGCGCUCGCGGUCUACGAAUACGGCAUCGACGCCAUCUAUCUCAGCAACCACGGCGGCCGACAGUGCGACGAUGCGCCGUCGUCCAUCCGCACCCUGCUCGAGAUCCGGAAAUUCUACCCUGAGCUGUUGAAGAAGACGGAGAUCUACCUGGACGGAGGGGUGCGGAGGGGCGCGGAUGUGAUCAAGGCCUUGUGUCUCGGGGCCAAGGGCGUGGCUUUGGGCCGGCCGUUCAUGUACUCUGUCGCCAUGGGGGAUGAGGGCGUGGCCAAGGUGAUUCAACUCCUUUCCGAAGAAAUCGAGACCACCAUGCGCUGCAUGGGCGUAACGUCCCUCGACCAACUGAACCCGUCGUACGUCAACACCAAGAUCCUGGAGCUGGAGGUUCCCGAUCGUCUCGUCACCGGGGCGGACGACGCGGCGGAAUACAGCGAGGCGUGGGUCAAGGGGUUGAAAGCGAGGCUCUAG